AUGAGUAUUUCGAGAACAUGCCAUGUUUGGUAUUUGUUGGUGGUCCUUCUAACGUUGUUGGCCGAGGCCAAUAAAAUAUCAACUAUAGAAGCGCAUGGAAAGGGGCUUGUACAUAGUUGUAUAGGAUUGAACCAGAGCGAAAUAGAGCUCUGCGGCAUGGUUGAAGUGAACGGGGACAUCAUGGCGAAUGAAGGAAACUGUGCAGUAGAAGAUUGCAGAGAGACCUGCUGCUCGAGCGUGAACAAGUGUUUUAACACUAACUUUUUUACAACAAGCAGAAUUGACUGUGUUGCAAGCAGGUUAAACCACAAAUUUGGAUCAUGUUGCAAAAUUAAGCAGAGGAAUUACAACAAAUGUAACGAGUUAUAUUGUCUACUAAUGCUAAUAUAUAAAAAUUGUUCAGCUAAAGUAAUUUACACUGCUGGAGCACUUGGAAUAGGAGUGGCAACAACAGGGCUGUAUAUGCUAACAAUUUCAAAAAAGACGGAGGAAGAAUUGUUUGACUCGAGCUACGACGAUGAGGACGACCCUCUGAUUAAUAUCAAGGAUGUGAACCCGCACCUUGACGUAAAAAAGAUAAUAGCUACGGAUGGGAAUGACGUUUUCUGGGACGAUAAGCAAAAUUUGUAA